AUGAUGCAGCCUAGAUGUGGCGUGCCAGAUGUUGUCAAUGGCACAAAGCAUUACCAUACUCACAAGUCCAUCCACACACUAGCUCACUACAAUUUCAUUCCUGGAAGUCCUAGAUGGGCAAAAAGACAAUUGACGUACACGUUUCGUUCCAGUGUCCAAGUCCCGGCUGCACAGAACAUAAGGUCCAUCUGCGCAAAAGCUUUUCAGAGAUGGGCACAGGUCACCGAAUUCACUUUUCAGGAAGUUACCGGUAGCUCCCCUGCAGAUAUUGUAAUUGGAUUCCAUCGUGGAGACCAUAACGAUGGUAAAGCCUUUGACGGUCCUCGAGGGACCUUAGCCCAUGCUACUCCACCAGUUAGGAAUGCAAUGUUCCAUUUCGAUGCGGAUGAAAAUUGGAGUGAAAACCCAGGACCUAACCAGAUGGACCUGGAAUCUGUUGCUGUGCAUGAAAUAGGACAUCUCCUCGGUCUUGACCACAAUGAUGAUCCAAAUGCCAAUGCCAUCAUGUCUUACAGUAUUCCUCCUGGGAUUACGAAAAGGGAUUUGAGUCCGGAUGAUAUUCAGGGUGUACGAGCUUUAUACAGAUUCGCUAAUUGA